AUGAAGAAUUCCAGUUCCAGCAAUGUGAAUUACAUAGCAGAAGGGGUUUUGGCGCGCCAUACAAUGGGAUUUGGAGCUCGUUCUGCUCUCCGUCUUCGUCCCAAUUCGCAUUUCAACAAUUCCAUUUGCUUCUUCUGCUCCCAAUCACUCACACUCUGUGAAUCCGAUCCCCAAUACCAGAAUCGCCUUCAAAAGGUUCAAAAACUCGAAACCUUACUAAACCGCGGUCGCACGGUCACCGCAAGAAGGUUCCUCAGAUCCCUUCUUCUCACCAAAACCGCAUUCUCUUCUCUCUCCGAACUCCACGCGCACGUCUCCAAACCCCUCUUUUCGGACACCCUCUUAUGGCUCUGUUCCGUUUCCAAAAUGCUCGACGAAGCCACUGACUUGUACUCUUCCAUGCGAAAAGACGGUUUUAUCCCUUCCACCCGUUCCGUCAAUCGCUUGCUCCGAACCCUGGUGGAUUCCCGACACUUCGAGAAAACCCUCCCUGUCUUCGCCGACGUUGUCGAUUCUGGUAUUCGACCCGAUGCUGUCACUUACGGAAAGGCUGUUCAGGCGGCAGUGAUGUUGAAGGACCUCGACAAGGGUUUUGAGUUGAUGAAAUCCAUGGAAAAGGAUGGAAUGGGCCCUUCUGUGUUCGCUUAUAACUUGAUACUGGGUGGAUUGUGUAAAGUGAGAAGGAUCAAGGAUGCUCGGAAGCUGUUCGAUAAAACGAUUCAGAGAAACGUGGUUCCGAAUACUGUUACUUAUAACACGCUCAUUGAUGGGUACUGUAAGGUGGGUGAUAUAGAGGAAGCUUUUGGCUUCAAGGAGAGGAUGAGGGAACAAAAUGUGGAGUGUAAUCUUGUUACAUAUAAUUCCUUGUUAAAUGGUCUUUGUGGUUCGGGGAGGGUGGAGGAUGCGAAGGAGGUGUUGUUAGAGAUGGAGGACAGUGGUUUUUUGCCUGGUGGGUUUUUGAGUUUUGUGUUUGAUGAUCAUUCGAAUGUUGCUGGUGACGACAGUUUGUUUGAUGGAAAAGAAAUAAGGAUCGAUGAGCAAACUUAUUGUAUUUUGUUGAAUGGACUAUGCAGGGUUGGGAGAAUUGAAAAGGCUGAAGAGGUUCUGGCCAAACUAGUGGAAAAUGGAGUUACUUCAAGCAAGAUUUCAUAUAACAUAUUGGUGAAUGCAUAUUGCCAAGAGGGUGACUUGAAGAAAGCUAUACUGACAACUGAACAAAUGGAAGAAUGA